AUGGAGGUUGACGUUGCGGUCAUCGGCGCUGGGCUAAGCGGCAUCGCCUUUGCUCGGUUCUAUCUGGAGACCCAUGCAGAUGCGCGCCUGGCGAUCUUCGAGAAGGAUUCCAGCAUCGGCGGGGUAUGGAGUGCAGAAAGAGUCUUUGAGGCCUUUUGGGUUCAGAGUCCUCUACGCAUGAGCUCCUUUGCAGACGUGGCUCUUGAAAUCCCAGACGAUGCCCCCCGCCUACACGACACCUUUGAGGCCAGGUACGUAACCAGGUAUCUCGAAGAAUACGUCGACAGCCAUGUAUACAAUGGUGCGUCUCUACGCUCGCGAAUCUGGGUCAAUGCAGACGUGCGCUCGGUAGAAAAGCGCGGUAGUGAUGAUGAUGAAGAUGGCGGAUGGCUCUUGCAUGUAGACGGUGCUCAGCCUCGGUCUGUAUGCUGCAAGAAAUUAGCCGUGGCGUCUGGACUGACUUCCAUCCCCAAUAUGCCUACGUUUCCUCGCAGCCCAGAGUGGAAAAUUCCCAUACUGCACCAUCGUGACCUCGGGCUUCAUGAGAGGACGAUUUUGGCCACCGACGAGUCAUCGGCAGCAUAUAAAAACAUCACUGUUCUCGGUGGGGGCAAGUCAGCUGCAGACAUGGUGUAUGGCGCUCUCAAAAAGGGCAAAAACGUCAACUGGAUCAUCCGCACUUCAGGCGAAGGGCCGGGGAUCUUCAUGGAUCCAGCAGCUGGUGGAAGAUACAAACAUGCGGCAGAAGGCGGCGCAACGCAGAAAGCUACAGCACUCAGUCCUUCUCAUUUUUACACUUUGCCUACAGCAUCUCUCGCCCUACACCAGAACGAGGCCGAGAGAGCGAGUCUCGAGGAGAAGAUAUAUGCUGCUGACAAGCGGUUCAAGGCGUUGGCAAAUUACCAUGGACGAGAGGGAGCUCUCCCGGGGUUUCGUGGCUUGGAGCCAAAAGCAUCAUUCUUCUGGAGCAGUGGUCCCAUCGGAGUCAUCCAGCACAGCGACUUUUGGGAUCUGGUGAGUAAGAACGUUAACGUCUACCGAAGCGAUCUCUGUGGCACGACAUCCAAUGCAAUCGUCUUGACAGACGGAACAAACGUGCCAACUGAUGCUGUUCUAUGUGGCACGGGCUGGAUAUCUUCCUACCCCUUUUUCACUCCCGAACAAGCUGCUCAACUCGGCCUCCCACAUCAACCAGACGACACCAUUUCAGCCGAAGAAAAAACAUGGGAAGAACUAAGCAAAAAGGCAGAUGCAGAGAUACUCCAGACAUUCCCAAUUCUGGGCCAUCCUCCGGUAGACGCCAAACCAGUCGGAGGAGACACAAACCUCACGCCCGCCAGACUGUACCAGGGUAUGGCCCCGUUGAACGAUUCAUCCAUCCUGUUUCUGGGGAGAGCGCGCAUGUCCAAUAACUUUCGUGCAGCUGAUGCUCAGGCCAUAUGGGCAACGGCGUAUUGGGAUGGCCAUGUGUCUCUGCCGCCAUCAGACGAGGUAAAACGGCAAGUGGCGUAUAUGAAUGCGCUGUCUCGAAGACGAUAUCCGACCCGGGGUGUCGACGGUAUCAAUUUCCAUGCGGAUUUGGUCCAUUACACUGAUAAACUGGCGUGUGAGGCGGGGAUUUUCUCGCAUCGUAAGGGCUGGUGGGGGGAUCCUGAGGAGCCGUGUCUGGCGAGCGACUUUCGAGACUGCGCGGAGGAGUACCGGGGGAGAUAUGACGGCCACGACGUCGAGCAGACUCUGGGUCUGAAAUACCAUGUGCAUCUUUCUCGAAAACGCUCUCCUCGUCGAUGGACGGCAUGGUUGAUAUCGGCAUUGACACAUCUCUUGAUGGUGCUUCUCGUUUUGAUUGCUAUCAAUUUCGUGCCCCAUGCACGCACUAUCUUGAUCUUGGGCGAAACCCCGCGGCCAAAGCUGUACUCCCCUCUCACGCCCGCCAUCGAGUACACCAUCGACAUGCCGCCGUGGGACUACUGGAGUAACAAUCCCUUCUUCGGAACACCCAGUGACGACUCAGAGCGCGCGUGGAACCGUCUCAUUCAUCCACACGGUUUGCAAGUGCUCCCCGACGAGGCCGAGCAUCUAGAUGCGAAUCGCACCGUGGUGACGAAGAAUAGCAACAGCUUGUUUAUGCUCGGCGUGUACCACAAUCUGCACUGCCUACGACGCAUCCGACAGACGCUCCAGGCGGAGCACUACUAUCCCAACAUGACAGCUAAGCAAAAGGAGAGCGAUUUAGAGCACACCAGCCACUGCCUCGAGGCAUUGCGCACCUCGAUGAUGUGCCAUCCGGACCUAACCACCAACCGGUUCUACUGGUCGCACCGGCCAUGGCACGACCUCAGCGUGCGUCCGGACGUGGCGCGUGAGUGUGUAAAUUGGGAUCGGCUCGAGGGGUUUAUGCGCGAGCGCAGGUAUGAUCCGGGGGAUAUUCUCAAGGGGCAUGGUGACGAUUUGGCGGAUGAUUACAAGGAGGACUACAAGGAGGACAAGAAGCUCAAGUAUGAGGGAUGA